AUGGCAUCAAGAAACCAUGGACACGAAGAUGCGAAUCUCUUAAGGAAGAUGUGCUUUGCCAAGAAACACAACAAGAAAGGCCUGAAGAAGUUGCAGGCCAACAAUGAAAAGGCAGUGAGUUCAGGCACAGAGGCAAUCAAGGCCCUUGUGAAGCCUCAGGCCAUCAAGCCCAAGAUGCCAAAGGGCCCCAGACACAAACUCAGCUAUCUCCCUUUCACAGCUCACCCCAAGCUUGGGAAACAAAUUCAAUACUACAUGGCCAAGGAUCAUAGGCUCUGUCAGUCAAAGCCCAAGGUUCACACCAAGGCAGAUUCCAAAGUCGUGGCCCAUGUUUCAGCUCCAGCUUAG